AACAAAUGUGCGAGUAUCCCAGUCUAAAUUCCUGCCCCAGUAAGAGUCAGUCUGAACAGGCUGAUACAUCUGGGUCACACCAAACUACAAAUAGAGUUCCGUGAGGGUUUCCACCAUGUUGGAGGCAUUAGCCUGUCUGGUGGGACACUGGAUCGAUACCAAGGGGGUCCUCCUGUUCCUCUUGGUUCUGUUGGUGACCAAGUACAUCCGUGAUCUGCCUUCUAAGAACUACCCACCAGGCCCCUUCCCCCUGCCUUUUGUUGGGAAUAUGCUGAAUAUCAGCAUCAAGGACCGCAUAGGCUCCUUUAAAAAGUUCGUAGAGACCUACGGGGAUGUGACUACACUAGACUUGGGUGGAGGGAACCGCUGUGUGCUCCUCUCUGGUCUCAGAGGCUUUAAGGAAGCCUUUGUGGAGCAGUCCGACACCUUCACCGAUCGGCCAUCUUACCCCCUGAACGACAGGCUGAGCAGAGGCUUGGGCCUGAUCUCCUCUAACGGUCACAUGUGGCGGCAGCAGAGGCGCUUUGCCCUGUCCACGCUCAAGUACUUUGGAGUGGGGAAGAAGACCCUGGAGACCGCCAUACUCCAGGAGAGCCACUUCCUGUGUGAAUCCUACCUGGCAGAGAGAGGCCUGCCCUUUAACCCUGAAGUCGUCACCAACAAUGCAGUGGCCAACAUCGUGUGCACCCUGGUGUUUGGUCAUAGGUUCAAAUACAAUGAUCACCACUUCCACCACAUGCUGAAAUGCUCAGAGGAUGUUUUUCAGCUGCCUGCUACCUUCUGGGGAUCGAUGUAUAAUCAGUUUCCGACACUGCUGCACUAUUUACCUGGGAGGCACCAAUCAGCCUUCAUCAACCUUGGUACCAUAAAGCAGUUUAUCAGAGAGGAAGUAGAGGAACACAAAGAGGACAGAAACCCGUCCAAUCCCAGAGACUACAUAGACUGUUACCUCGAAGAGAUAGAGAAGAAUCAAGAUGGGGCGGCUGGCUUCACUGAGGAGAACCUGCUGUACUGUGUGGUGGAUCUGUUUGGGGCUGGGACAGAGACGACGUCCAAAAGCCUUCGCUGGGCAAUGCUGUACAUGGCCAAGUACCCCGACAUUCAAGAGAAGGUGCAGGUGGAGAUCGAUGAGGUCAUAGGUUCGGCUCGCCAGCCCUCAAUGGACGACCGAGCCGAAAUGCCGUAUACCUACGCUGUGAUUCAUGAGAUCCAGAGGUUUGGGAACAUCGUCCCCUUCACGCCUCCCAGAGUGGCCAGUAAGGACACCACCGUGGCGGGGUAUCUAGUGCCCAAGGUAAGAGGAUGUGUCCAGGGGAGCAGCUGGCCAGGAUGGAGCUGUUUCUGUUCUUCACCUGUCUGCUCCAGAGGUUCACCUUCACACCUCCACAGGGCUGGGAGCUUGGCCUGGAGGGCCAGGUGGGCAUCAUCAGUGGACCAAAGCCCUUCAAAAUCUGUGCCCUGCCUCGAUAAGACACCUUGGGUGACUCUCUAUUGUAUUUUGUUGAUUCCUUGUGUUCUCUCUCCUUGCCUCCUUCUCAAAAUACAUUGGAGGAGAAGAUCCGAGGGGGGGAACCUCAGAUCUUUUGCUCCAAUGUGCCUUGAGAAGGAGACGAGGAUGUGAGGAAUCAAGUAAAUACGAUUUAUAUUAAUUCCUUGUGCUUUGUGUAGGACUAGGCCCUGCAUGAACUGGUUGAUGAAGGUGAUUUACAUUGUUUGUCAAACCUGUCUAAAAUAUUUUGUACUCAAACUGAGGAAAUAGGUUUAUGGUAGUAGGGUGUGGAGAGAAUUCCAGCAUAAAGCUGAUAUAUCAUGAUUUUUAUAUUGUAAGAGUGGUGUAUUAGAAUUGCAGGCAAAUUCAAAUACAAAUUCUUUAUUUAUUUAUUUUUACUGGAAAUUAGAUUUGUGGAAGACAUUGUUUACAAAAUGUGUUUCCUUUACUUAUUUACUUCCCUGAAAAACAAAACACAGCAUUUUCUUUCUCUUGAACAUACUCUGCUCCCGUAAGGUACCAGGUAAAGCCAAAGUAGCACUUCAACGAUAUAUAAUCAGAGUUCAGAAUAUAGUUCAAUGGUCAAAGGUCAAUCAAGGCAAGGUCAAGGCAAGUUGUCAUUUUUAUCUUAAGCCUACUUAUCUUAAUCAUACUUAUUUCAAAUCUUCUGCAAUACUGUAUAUUUCAAAUGAACACAUGAAUGAAAAGCAGUCUCUCCACUUCAUAAAUUAACAAUAAAAAUAAUCACAUUCAUUCAAUCAUGGAUUGUCAUUAUAUUUGCACAUGAUCACAAUCUAUAACCCAAAUAUAGCACACCUCACUGUACAUUUACAUUUACAUCAUUUAGCAGACGCUCUUACCCAGAGCGACUUACAGGAGCAAUUAGGG